AUGCAAGCUCAAAUACCUGGAGAUUUUGAAGCCUAAAUAAGAAUAGUCAAUGAACAAUUAUCUAUAGAUUAAUAAAUUAUGGAAUAAGAAACAGAGGAUAGAAAUAAAGAAUAAGAAGAAGAAUUGACAGAAGAAUAAAAGGAAAGAAGAAGAAAAAUAUUAGAAGUUCAAUUGGCUAAUAAAAGAUUAUUAUAUACUAUACAUAAUAAAGAUAUGGAAAUAUUUAGAGUUAAAAAAGAGAUUGAAGAUUAAAAAUAGUUAUUGUCUGAUCUUUAAUAACAAGAAUAAAUAUAUCAAUAAUAAUCUAAUGGUAUUUAUAUAUAGAGGAUAGAGAAUCUUAGAUAUUUGUGAAAAUUAUGCCUUUAAUAACAAUAAAUAUAGUGAAUAAUUAAAUGAAUCUAAUAAGGAAUUAGAAAUCAUUAAUGAUUCUUAUUUAUCUCAUAGAGCCUUAGUAUCAUAUGAUACUUAUCUAAGAGGAACACUUAGAGAAUAAGAUAGAAAAAUAUAUGAAUUAGAAUUAAAUAAUGCAGAUAUUAGUGAGAUUUCAGCCAGAAUUGAAAAAAUAAAUAAAGAAUAUGAAAGAAAUAUAUAACCUCUUGUUGUUGGAGAUUUUAAGACAUAAAUAGAUGCAGAUAUUAAAAGUUCAAAAAAUUAAAUUGAUGCUUUAAGAAAUUAAUUUAAAGAUAUUGUAGAUGAUAUUGUGAAAUUACAUGAAAAACAUUUAGAUAAUAUAGAUAUGUAUUCUACCUUAUAAAGAUAAUUAUAAGUAAUUUUAUUAUAUAUUUCUUUAAGGAAUAAUUAUUAGCAAAUGAAUAAUUGGAUUUUGAAUUAAAUCAAUUAAAAAAGAGCAAAGAUUAAUGUUGA